AUGAAGUACUUGCUGCUCAUCCUUGCCGUCCUGCAAGUCGCCUUGCUGGCCCGCGCACAGCAGGCCCCGCUGGACGCCGUUUCCUGGGAGGUGCCUUACAAGCACGAGUGGUUCUUCGUUCAGUACAACCAUACCACCAGCCAGGCGGAGCUCUGCAGCACCCGACCUUCCACUCUCAGUAGCCAGGGGCAGAGACCUCUCAACAUUUCCUGCAGGCCCGGGAUUGAUUGCUACGUGGUGCCUUCCGACCUCUGCAACACGGGCAUGUGGAAGGAUACAUGCGUCUUGAGCGCCCAGGUCUACCAUGUCGUCAGGCACUGGCGCUGGAUGAUGUGUCGCUUUGCGAAGAUCUCGUCGUUCGACUACAACCAGAUCCCGCAGAGCCUGAUUGCCUCGUUGACCGCCACGGACGCCAGCGGAGACGGCAGCGCUGGCCUUAUGAUUCCAGUGAUCUUCAAGGACUUGAAAGGCAAAGUUACGGGGCAGGGGGAGAAGUACUGGCCGCUCCCGAAGCACCAGGUGGGCACUCCGCCUCUGCCUUGGAACGACAAGGGCGCAUCCUCUUGA